AUGAUAUGGGUCCUGUGCUUGCUGCUUGUCCUGGUCCAGCUUCAUUAUGCAUACUCUGCAUCAAAAGGAGUCACAGCCAGCCUGAAAGCCAAGUGGCCUGUUACCCCUGUUUUACUGGAGACAUGUGAGUUUAUUGGUGAUGAUGGAAAUGAAAAGUUUUGGCAGUUUGUGGAGACUGUGAAGGAGCUAACAGUCUACAAACAGGGGGAAUCUGUCCGAUCAUACUAUAACCUGAUCAUUAAAAAAGCUGGCCAGUUCCUGACUGAUCUCCAGGUGAGCCUGCUGAAGCUCACGCUGUCACUCAGAGCUUACUCACCUGCUGUACAAGCAUUCCAACAGAUUGCUAGUGAUGAACCUCCUCCUGAGGACUGCUCUGCAUUUGUGUCCAUCCAUGGCCAGCACACUUGCAGCACCAAGGAAAUGAAGAAGCUGCUGAAAGGUGCUGCAGGCAGACCAAAGCCGUACCUGUACAAGAAUGAUCACAAGUACCCAGGGGUCAAUGGGACGGAUCUGCCAGUUGCCAUUCUUUAUGCAGAAAUUGGCACCAAAAAGUUCAACACAUUCCAUAAGGUCCUCGUUGAGAGAGCUAAGGAGGGGAAGCUGACCUACGUGUUGCGCCAUUUCAUUGCAGAGCCAAAGAAGCAGCACAUGCUUCUGUCAGGUUAUGGUGUGGAACUGGCUAUUAAAAAUACCGAGUACAAAGCUGUGGAUGAUACAGAAGUAAAAGGUACAUAUGAUACAACUUUAGAGGAGGAUGAUACUGACGAGGUCCAGGGGUUUUUGUUUAGAAAAUUAAAAGAAUCUCAUCCUGAACUGCAAGAACAAUUAGGGGAACUGAAGAGGCAUCUGCUGGAGAGCAGCAAUGACAUGUCUCCUCUCAAAGUGUGGGAACUACAAGAUUUGAGUUUCCAGGCAGCAAGCCGGAUCAUGUCUGUGCCAAAGUUUGAUUCCCUGAAACUGAUGCAGGACCUCAGUCAAAACUUCCCUAGCAAAGCAAGAUCACUGACGAGAGUGGCUGUAAACCAAGAAAUGAGAAAAGAAAUUGAGGAGAACCAAAAGCAACUGGGCGAGAAAUUGGGAAUUCACCCCGGAGAUGCCAGUCUCUUUAUAAACGGGAUUCACAUUGAUCUGGAUGUUCACAACUCCUUCAGUAUACUGGACAUAAUUCGAGAAGAGGCAAAACUCUUGGAGGGGCUUCAUAACCUGGGCAUCAGAGGAAACAGUGUGAGUAAGUUUCUGCGCUUGCCUGUAAGCACUGCGGAGGACAGCUUUGCUCUGGACAUUCGUCACUCUGCUGUAAUGUGGAUUAAUGACAUUGAGACUGACUCUACAUACCGAAACUGGCCCUCGGGUCUACAGGAGCUUCUCAGAGCCACGUUUCCAGGCGUUAUUCGACAAAUUAGAAGGAACUUGUUUAAUUUGGUGUUGUUUCUGGACCCAGCUCAGGAAGACAGUAUCGAACUGGUCAAACUAGCCGAACUCUUUUACAAGCACAAGAUUCCUCUCAGGAUUGGAUUUGUCUUGAUUGUGAAUAACGAUGAAAAAGUGGAUGGAUAUGAAGAUGCGGGCGUUGCUUUAUUCAGAGUUUUAAACUACAUUACAGAAGAAUAUGAUGUAACACAGGCUCUCUUAUCCAUGGUGUCCAUGUACAACAAAGUGGAUGUUGGAGAUUCUCUAACGGUUGGUACUGUGACUGCAUACCUGAAGAAGAAAUUUCCCAAAGCUAACGCUGCCAAGAUUAUCGGAGUGGAUUCAAGCUAUGAUCAUAAGAGAAAGGCUGGAACAGUAUUCUACAAAAAGAGUGGACUGGGCUCACUUCCUGUGGCUCUGUUUAACGGAGUUCCACUCAGCGCUGAAGAGAUGGACCCAGAUGAGCUGGAGACCAUCCUGCUGCAGCUCAUCAUGGAGGCCACUAACUUUUUCCAGAGAGCCGUAUUCAUGGGUCAGAUUUCCGAAGGCACGGAUGUGGUGGAUUUUUUGAUGGAGCAGUCUAACGUGGUGCCACGCAUUAACCCUCUCAUUCUGAGCUCGGACAGAAAGUAUCUGGACUUAACGGCAUCUCCAGUUGCUGAUGACUGGAAUGAUUCAACAAUGUUCUCAUUCCUGGACUCCAAGGACAAGACGGCUGUUGUUUCUAAGAGAAUGAAGUAUUUAACCAAGCAGGAAGAGCAAGCGGUGUAUGGACUGACCAGUUGGAUUGUUGUGGACCUUGAGCGGGUCUCUGGAAGGCAGAUCCUGUUAAAUGCUUUGAAACACAUGAAAUCCAGUGGUUCCAGUACUCGUGUUGGUGUGAUAAAUAACCCAAGUGACAAACCCACAGAAGAGAAUAGCAGUCUAUACAGAGCCAUAUGGGCUUCCCUCCUUACUCAGAGCAUCAAGAACUCUCUUGACCUUACCGUCAAACUACUUAAAGAAGAAACUGCUCAGUUCCUCAGACAGGGCACCAAGAUUAAGGAUCUGCUUUUAAAGGGCAUGGACCAGGACAACUUUGAGAAGAAGUUUAACACGCUGGAGUUGGAUUUUCUGCGCAGCCAGCACAUAUUCUGUCAGGAGGUGCUAAAGCUAAAACCUGGACAGUCAGCUGUGGUCAGCAACGGCAGGAUCCUGGGACCAUUUUCAGAAGAAGAGGAACCCAGUACAGAGGAUUUCCACUUGCUGGAGAAGAUCACACUCAGCACCUCAGCAGAAAAGAUCAAUGCGAAAGUCAAACAAAUGAGUUUGGCAGCCAGAGAGGCCAGUGAUCUUAUUAUGAAAGUGGAUGCUCUUCUUUCAGCUGCUCCAAAAGUAGAGGCCAGGAAGGAUAUCAAAUUUGUGAAAGACAAACACAGUGUUUUACAUCUUGCUCCACGUGAAAAUGAGGUGUUUUUCGAUGUGGUGGCAGUCGUGGACCCACUCACCCGGGACGCUCAGAAGAUGGUGCCGGUAUUGAUUGUGCUUGGUCAGGCGGUGAAUAUGAAAGUUCAGCUGUUCAUGAACUGCAGAGCCAAGCUGUCAGAAAUGCCCCUAAAGAGCUUCUAUCGUUUCGUUAUGGAAGCGGACGUGUCUUUCCUGGGUAACGACACUCUCUCUCCUGGUCCAGUGGCUCGCUUUUCUGAGAUUCCAGAAUCCCCAUUGCUGACACUCAACAUGAUAACACCAGUGAGCUGGAUGGUGGAAGCUGUACAGAGCCCGUACGACCUGGAUAACAUUCAUCUCCAGGAGAUCAGCAGUGUGGUGAAAGCAGAGUAUGAACUGGAGUAUCUACUGCUGGAGGGCCACUGUUUCGACAUGUCCACAGGUCAGCCACCAAGAGGCCUGCAGUUUACCCUUGGCAUGAAGCAGAACCCGCUCAUGCACGACACAAUCGUCAUGGCCAACCUGGGUUACUUCCAGUUGAAGGCAAACCCAGGUGCCUGGAUUCUGAGGUUGCGUAAGGGACGUUCUGAGGACAUCUAUCAGAUACAAGCACACGAUGGAACAGACUCACCCGCUGAUGCUGGAGACGUUAUAGUGAUGCUCAACAGCUUCCACAGCAAAAUCAUCAAAGUCAGAGUUCAGAAAAAGCCUGACAAACUGAACGAAGAUCUUCUAAGUGAAAAUACAGAAAGCAAAGGCUUGUGGGACUCCAUAUCAAGUAUAACAGGUAGCUUGAAUGGGGAUGAUGGAGAUACAAAAAAGGAGGAUGUGCUGAACAUCUUCUCGGUGGCGUCUGGACAUCUGUAUGAGCGCUUCCUGAGAAUAAUGAUGCUCUCUGUCCUCCAGCACACCAAAACCCCUGUCAAAUUUUGGUUCCUAAAAAACUACCUGUCUCCUUCCUUUAAGGAAUCUAUUCCUCACAUGGCUGAGGCCUACGGUUUCAAGUAUGAACUGGUGCAGUAUAAGUGGCCGCGCUGGCUGCACCAGCAAACAGAGAAGCAGCGCAUCAUCUGGGGCUAUAAGAUCCUUUUCCUGGAUGUGCUCUUCCCUCUAGCAGUGGAUAAGAUUAUCUUUGUAGAUGCUGAUCAGAUCGUCAGGGCAGACCUGAAAGAACUGAGGGAUUUGGACCUGGAAGGCGCCCCCUAUGGAUACACACCAUUCUGUGACAGUCGUAGUGAAAUGGACGGCUACCGUUUCUGGAAGACUGGUUAUUGGGCUUCUCAUCUGGGUCACAGGAAGUACCAUAUCAGUGCCUUGUAUGUAGUAGACCUGAAGAAGUUCAGGAAGAUUGCAGCAGGAGAUCGUCUUCGUGGCCAGUACCAAGCCUUAAGCCAAGAUCCCAAUAGUCUUUCCAAUCUGGACCAGGACCUUCCUAACAAUAUGAUUCAUCAAGUGGCUAUCAAGUCACUUCCGCAAGAAUGGCUUUGGUGUGAGACUUGGUGUGAUGAUGCCUCCAAGACCACUGCGAAGACGAUUGACCUGUGUAAUAACCCAAAGACUAAGGAGCCAAAGCUUAGUGCUGCUGUUCGAAUCGUAUCCGAAUGGUCCCAGUACGACAGCCAGAUUAAGCAGCUCAUGAAACGGGUACAAGAGCAGAAGAAAGACCAAGCCUCAUCUGCUUCAUCAAAACCACACACAGGCAGUCAGCGUGAUGAGCUUUAGCACCUGUCGGAGAGAAGGGCUGACGUGAAGUUUGCACCACUACACCGAGAUGAGUAUUUCUCACAGACUGAACCAGGAAGUAUUAAGAUGGACCUAAGCUAAAUAAACCCUGGGAACAAGUAGAAACACAAAGAGACAUUUUUGUAUUUAUGGAUGUUGAUGACUGAAUUCUGUAUUUUAAUGGUAUAUGUUUAAUUUUCUAGCACAUGAUUAAAGUGAAACCAUAAUUGAAAA